CUCGCGAGAGCACGGCAAGAGACUCCUGUUCGCUGGCUCUGGAGCGGCGAUCACUGGAACUUGAGCGGGCGCUGCAGCUGGAGCCGCAGUUCCGCGGCGCAGCCCGGAGUCGGCCCGGUCGGGGGGAGGGUGCAGGGAGAGCGUGGUGGGCGCAGCCCCGAGCCCCGCAGCCUGCCCUUGCCCUUCACGGGGCUCGCCCGCGUCGCUGAGGCGCGUCCGGCAGCUGCGGCUGACAGGGGCCGCGCGCGCGCGCGGGAGUCGGCGGGGUCGCGUCUGCCGCACCUGCGCCGACUGCCAGCUCCGGGUCCCCGCCGGGCCGGGCGGGCGACGAGGGCCCGGGAGCGGGUGCGGGCGCAGGCGGGGCCCCUCAGGGCCACCUCCUAGCCCCGCGGCCGCCGCUGGAAGAUGUCUCAGGAGAGGCCCACGUUCUACCGGCAGGAGCUGAAUAAGACAAUCUGGGAGGUGCCCGAGCGUUACCAGAACCUGUCCCCGGUGGGCUCCGGUGCCUAUGGCUCCGUGUGUGCUGCUUUUGACACAAAAACUGGGUUACGUGUGGCAGUGAAGAAGCUCUCCAGACCAUUUCAGUCCAUUAUUCAUGCCAAAAGGACCUACAGAGAACUGCGGUUACUGAAACAUAUGAAACAUGAAAAUGUGAUUGGUCUCUUGGAUGUUUUUACACCUGCAAGGUCUCUGGAGGAAUUCAAUGAUGUGUAUCUGGUGACCCAUCUUAUGGGAGCAGAUCUGAACAACAUUGUGAAAUGUCAGAAGCUUACGGAUGACCAUGUUCAGUUCCUUAUCUACCAAAUUCUCCGAGGUCUCAAGUAUAUACAUUCAGCUGACAUAAUUCACAGGGACCUAAAACCUAGCAAUCUAGCUGUGAAUGAAGACUGUGAGCUGAAGAUCUUGGACUUUGGACUGGCCCGACAUACAGAUGAUGAAAUGACAGGCUAUGUGGCCACCAGGUGGUACAGGGCUCCUGAGAUCAUGCUGAACUGGAUGCAUUACAACCAGACAGUUGAUAUUUGGUCAGUGGGAUGCAUAAUGGCCGAACUGUUGACUGGAAGAACGUUGUUUCCUGGUACAGACCAUAUUAACCAGCUUCAGCAGAUUAUGCGUCUGACGGGGACCCCCCCUGCUUAUCUCAUUAACAGGAUGCCAAGCCAUGAGGCAAGAAACUACAUUCAGUCUUUGACCCAGAUGCCAAAAAUGAACUUUGCAAAUGUAUUUAUUGGUGCCAAUCCCUUGGCUGUCGACUUGCUGGAGAAGAUGCUUGUAUUGGACUCAGACAAGAGAAUUACAGCAGCCCAAGCCCUCGCACAUGCCUACUUUGCUCAGUACCAUGAUCCAGAUGAUGAACCAGUGGCUGAUCCUUACGAUCAGUCCUUUGAAAGCAGGGACCUCCUUAUAGAUGAAUGGAAAAGCCUGACCUACGAUGAAGUCGUCAGCUUUGUGCCGCCACCCCUUGACCAAGAAGAGAUGGAGUCCUGAGCACCUGGUUUCUGUUUUGUUGAUCCCACUUCACUGUGAGGGGAAGGCCUUUUCAUGGGAACUCUCCAAAUAUCAUUCAAGUGCCUCUUGUUGCAAAGAUUUCCUCCAUGGUGGAAGGGGUUUGUGUGUGUGUGUGUGUGUAUGUGUGUGCUCCUGUGCAUGUGUCUGUCUGUGUGGGAGGGUAAGAGAAUAUGAGCAAACUCUGAUCACAGUGACUUUACGUGGAAUUACAGAAGCCCUGUGGCAGCCUCUGUUUGCUCUUUGUGAGAGUCAGCUCAGGCAGGCAAGAGCUGCCAUCUUGUUAGGGUUUGUUAAAUGCAAAGUAAAAAAUAUUAAACGGCCCAGAUCCCAGUCAUGCUUUUGCCCUUUUGGCCUCUCCCAUGGCCCUGGCUUGGGGUGGGAGGAGGGGAGAGUCGCCUACAUCCUGUAGCAGCACAGAAAUGGCUCACACUUUCUGGCUGUUUCAGAAGCUGUCCCUCAGCAUCACUCGCAGCCAAGAAGGACCAACUGGCUUCUGUGCACUAGUCUGUGACUGACUUGUUUAGUACGAUUCUCAGAACUCUGCAGGUGUGUCCGAAACUGUAAAUAUGCUUGUGCCUUAAGAGGAGAGAAGAAAGUGUAGAUAGGUAAGAUAGCACAGCAGACCAAGUGCCGAGCCAGGCAAGUAGUCAGGUUGUUGGAAGGCUGCUCAUGAACCUGAAGUAACCAGGGAGCCCUGGAGGCAUUGUGUGUGCAUGUGUGCGCAUGCAUGUGUGUGCUUCUCUUCACACACCCCACACCCCAGGGGUUGCUAUUUCUCUGCUCGCCCCCCACCUACAGUGCAGAGGUUUCUUGUGUAUUAGCCCCAGCAGGCAGAAGCCGGUUCUUGCUGUCAUUGUACUUUCUGUGUGCUCUUUAUUCCCAGCAGAGUGACGAUGUGUUUUGCAUGUCUUGCUAUUUGAGCAUGCACAGCUGCUUGUCUGUUCUCUUUGGGAGGCCCUGGUGCCAGGCAGGUUUGCCAGUGAAGACUUCUUGGGUAGUUCAGAGCCCAUGUCACCUCGGCUGAUGCCACGGGAAGGUGACCUCAUCCUCUCUCCAGCCCCAGUGCUAUUUUGUGUUGAACACAAUUGAUACUCUAGGUGCUUUUGAUGUGAAAACUAUGAAGAAAUGGAACAGAUGAGUGUAUAGCAUUUUCAUUCUUGCCAUCUGGUUUUCGACAAACUAUUUUUGGGGAGCCAUCAUGGGAAAGAUCAGGGCUUUUCUCGGGAAUAUCUCAGACUUUGGAAAACAAUUGUUCUCUUCACUCCCAGUAGCUAAUGCUAAGAAAUGCUUAAAAUCAAAGUGAACAAUAAAAAUUGCUCAUGAGGCCAGAAACUCCUUUUGCUAUCUUUGUCUAAACAUGGUUAUUAAAAAAAGUAAUGAGGUGUCUUUUCCACUCUUCUUUGGAAGAGGGUCUUCUUGGCAGCUUAACAUUGACUUCUUGGUCUUGGUUCAGGGAGAAAUAAAUUUUGUUUCAGAAUUUUGUAUAUUGCAGGAGUCCUUUGAGAAUGUGAUUCCUUUUGAUGGGGAGAAAGGGCAAAUUAUUCUGAUAUUUUGUAUUCUCAACUUUAUAAAGAUGAAAUAUCCUCAGGGGUGGAGAAGAAUUGUUUUCAUAAUUUUCUGAAUUUCAGGUGUCUUGUGCUACAAAAGGGCCCAUAUGUUUGAACCCCCUGUGAAAUAAGCAAGUGUGAAGCCGCUUCUACUAUUGGCUGUGUGAUAGAAUCUUGUAUUUGGGACAAGGCGUAUCCAUUUCUCUAUCACAGCGCAGUGGUACCUGAAUUCUGGAGGGACAGGGUGGGACCCCUGAGCCAGCUGGAGCAAGAAGGGAGGAGGCAGGCUGAUGGUGAUUGCACCUCACCCGGGAUCCUACCCCUCUUUAAAGGAAAAUGAACGCAAAAGCUUCAUCUCCUUUAUAUGCAGUUCAAAUCCUCACCAUCCACAGCAAGAUGAAUUUCAUCAGCCAUGUUUGGUUGUAAAUGCUAGUAUGAUUUCCUACAGAAAUACUGCUCUGAAUAUUUUUUCAUAAAGGUCUUUGCACAUGUGAUUGUAUAUGCGUUAGGAGGCUGAAUGCUCUUGGAGCCUGGACUCAGCUGGAGCCCAUGGAAGAGCUCCUUGGUUUCUGAGCAUUGUGCUCCCAUCUCCUGAUUUCUCUGAACAGAACUAGCAAAAGAGAGAAUGAGGGAAAUUGCCAUUUUAUUUGUAUUCAUGAACUUGGCUGUAAUCAGUUAUGCCAUAUAGGAUGUCAUACAAUACCACUGGUUAAAAUAAAGCCUAUUUUUCAAAUUUAGUGAGUUUCUCAAAUUUAUUAUAUUUUUAUGUUGGUUGUUUUUUACUUAGUGCACAAUAUGGCAUUUUUUCAAUUGUGGCCUGGCAUAUGUUUUCUGGUAGACCUUAAUAUUGCUCCUAAAAUUUAGAAAACACUUUUAACAGAGCUCUUUAAUUGUACACUUUAUGGUGAAGCAGAUCUGAGUCUUUGAUGUAGAUGGGUAAAUAGCAAGUAAGUCAUAAACAUAGCUUGCAAAGUAUCACGACACUUGGAUGUCAGAGUGGCCUGGGGCAGGGGUCAGCAAACUAUGGCCCAUGAGCCAGAUCCCGUCUACCAUCUGUUUUUGUAUAGCCUGCUAAAAAUGGUUUUUACAUUUUUAAAUGGUUGAAAUCAAAAGAACAGUAUUUUUGUAGCAUGUGAAAAAUAAUGUAAAAUUCAGAUUUCAAUGUCUAUAAAUAAAGUUUUAUGGGAACACAA